AUGGACUGCCAUCCAGAAGUUUGGGGUCGCCCCAGGUAUGAAAUCUACGGCGACUACGACCAUUCCCAUCUUCACACCUCUGGACCGAUGCAGCAUACACAACAACCGAUCGUGACUGGGACGUCAGUGAUCGCAGUGAAGUUCAAAGAUGGUGUGGUCAUUGCAGCAGACAAUCUAGCAUCAUAUGGAUCCCUUGCGCGCUUCACCGACGUCAAGCGACUCCGCAAAUUCAAUUCCCAGUCCGUAAUCGGCUUCGGGGGCGACGUCUCGGACAUGCAAUACCUCGAUCGUACUCUUGGCUCGCUCGACACGAACGAAAAUUACAGUAACAGUGACCAGCCUCUGCACGCCAGAAACCUGCACACUUACCUUUCAAAGGUUAUGUAUGCUCGCCGCUCAAAAUUUGAUCCUCUUUGGAACGCCAUCCUUGUUGCGGGACUCGACGGUGAAGAUAUGCCAUUUCUUGCGUCAGUCGAUCUUCUGGGCACGAAAUUCUCUAGUCCAACACUUGCGACAGGUUUUGGUGCGCAUCUUGCGGUGCCUAUUCUUAGAAGAACGGUGCCCGAUGAGGAAGCGGUUCAGCAGACUACCAAGGACCAAGCCGUGGAGUUGGUGAAAGAGAGCAUGAAGGUGCUGUUCUACCGGGAUGCCAGGAGUUUAGACAACUACAGCAUCGCUGUCAUAACGAAAGAAUCAGGUGUAGAGCUCAAGGAGAAUGAGAAAUUGGAAAACCAGAGCUGGGCGUUUGCUGACCAAAUCAGAGGAUAUGGAACCCAGGUUAAUUAG